AUGAAAGACAAUCAUAUUGAGCUGAUUCGACUUCGUCUAUUCACUGCAAAUGAACAACAAGCAAAAACUGACCCGUAUAAUUAUGGACAUACAUUGAAUCUUGCACUGAAGUUAGCUCGUCGAAUCAAAGCUCAGGGACUACAAAUUAUGCUUGAUUUUCACUACUCUGACACAUGGGCUGAUCCAGGGCACCAGUCAAAGCCAAAUACAUGGGCAAAUCUUACAUUCGAUCAACUAGUAGCGACACUUCAUGAUUAUACACGCGAAUCUCUACGUGCAUUUGUUGAAGCCAAAUCGAUUCCGGAAUAUGUACAAAUCGGGAAUGAAAUUACGCAUGGAAUGUUAUGGCCCGAUGGACGAUUGAAUAAUGACAGUGAUUGGCCACGCUUGGCAGCACUUUUGCAAGCUGCCAGUCGAGCUGUGCGGGAAGUAGUUGGACAAAAGACAAAAAUUAUCAUACACAGCACUGCAUCCACCAGAUGGGCGCAUGCACAGUGGUAUUUUAAUAAAGUUAUAGCAGAUAUUGAUUUUGACAUAAUUGGCCUUAGCUAUUAUCCAUUUUGGCACGGUAAGCUAGAUGCACUGCAUUUCUGUCUUGAACAACUUUCUCGCCAUUAUGACAAAUCGAUCUUCAUCGUUGAAACAGCUUAUCCCUGGGAUACAGACCCUUCUUCGAAACAAUCCAUGAAGAAUGUCACUGGAUUCGAGGAGAGUCCGGAAGGACAAAUGCUGUACAUUACCUCUAUUGCAGAUAUGUUACGUGACUUACCAGGAAAAAAGAGAGAAUUUGGCCUUGUAUGGUGGGCUGCGGAAUAUGUGACAUUAAAAAGCUUCACGAAUUUAGCCGGCUUUGACAAAAAUAGCUUUUUUAAUUCAAACGGGACUGCAUUACCAAUUCUUCGAACUUUCGGACAACUUAGCAAUCCGGUGACAAUAAAUGACGGGAUAUGGGGGCAUGCAUAUUGUUGGAGCUUUGUUUAUAUUUUAACAUUAACUGGCAUCUUACUCGUAUGUUUGGAAAUGAAGAUGAAAAUAUAUAGAAAGUUCAUUUUUUUAUUGCACGUGUUAGGGUACACCACUUGUCGUUCUCUAACCUUCCUCUCCAUUCUAUCUAUUCUCUUGUAGUGAUCUCCUGAUUGAUUAUUAGUAUAGACUUAUAUUAUAUGUUUUUUUCUGCUUGUGAAGUGAUAAAUUGUGAUUUGUUUUUUUCCUUCAAGUUAUUGUUACUCAUAUAUUGUUUCAAGAAGGUUAUGAAUACAAACUAUUAUAUAUCAUAACAGCAAGCCUUCAACACAAACAUGUGUCAUCAUCCGGCAAUUAUGGCAAUUUUUACAACUUUUCGAGGUAUAUUGAUGUUUUAUGAUUCAUCGAGUUUUUCAUUUGAACUUCUUUGACUAAUCAUAAUUUUAAGAUCCAUUCGAAAGAUGUUAUUAUUGAAUGAAAUUUCAUUCAAAGUCCAAUGUGUGCAUUUUUGGUGAGCAGUGUUUUCUUGAUUUCACGCUUUCAUUCAUUAGAACCAAAUGCUAGUAUAUUUGGUUCAUCAAAGUUGAAACCGUGAUUCAUUUUUUUCGAAUGUUCUAUUAUAGUUGAUGAUUGACGAUUAUUUGAUUUAUAUUUUUCUUUAUGUUCCUUCAUACUUACAUCGAUGUCUAUUACAGCUUGUCCUACAUCUAUUUUCUCAGCCUUUACAUUCAGUCCAAUAAAUAGCACCAUUUUUAAAAAUUUUUUCCUUUCAUUUUUUUGCUUUAAAAUGUCCUAUUGUUUUGUGUUUCUUAAAAAUGAUGCUGGUAUUAAUUUUGGUUGGACGAAUAAUUCUCAUUAAUUUUCUAUUAAACUUAAAAGAUUCAUAUCCUGUAUAACUUAAAAUGAAAUUACUUUUUAUCUUCUUUAUUGUCUGAUGUUGGAUUAAUAUUAUUGUUGUUAUGAUCUUGUUGUUUUGUUUUUCUUUGCAUAUAGCAUUUUUUUAUUUUACGUUCUAUAAUCUGUUUUGGAUACCCAUUACAAUUUAAUACAUUUUUGAUGUGUUGUAUUGCUUUGUUUAAAAUUUCAUCUGAUGAACAAAUACGACAUGCUCGAGUAACUAAUGAAGAUAUUAAAUCUAAUUUCUGAUAUCUAAGUAAGCAACAAUCUCAUUUUAGAUAUAAAUUAAUAUUUGUUUCUUUUCUAUAAAGGGUGUAUCAGAAGUUUUGAUUCUCUUCAAGAAAUACUCCUUUGUUACAUGUUUUUCCGUUAGAAUAAACUAUUAUUCACAGCAUAUAUAUUAGACAUCUAGAUCUACUCUACGCUAGAAUUUCAGCUUUCUAUCUCUUAUAGUCAUAGAGAUACAAAUAACUUAAAAUUCAUGGGAAUUUUUUGAAAUAAUAGAUGAUCCCGAAUAAAUGACCGUGUUUUGGAAUUCAUUUUUUCAUGAUCUAAUGCGUUAUAUUAAAAAAUAGGAUAUACGACAAGAUGCAGCAUGAAAUGCUCUACACCCUACAUAGUUAAGCUUAUUUUAACUGCGUACCUUUUGUUUUCAAAAAAUGUGCGAUCAAUUUUCGAUUCUGCGCAGAGUGGUUGCACAUUUUUUGAAAAUAAAUGGUACACAGUUAAGAUAAGCUUCACUAUGUAGAUUCCAGAGCUUUUCGUGCUGUAUGUUUUGGUAUAUUCUGUUUUUUAAGAAAGCGUAUGGACGAUAAAAAGAUGACAUAAGUAGAAAGGAAUUCGUUCAUGUAGAAAAAAAGUGAUCUUUUAGCAGCAUCAAAAAUCGGUCGCACUGAGUUUUUCUUUUUUUUGAAAACAAUAGGUACAUAAUUAAAAUAAACUUUACUAUGUAGGCUGUAGAGCUUUUCAUGCUGCAUUUUGUGGUAUGUUUUGUUUUUUAAUGUAACGCAUUAGAUGACGAGAAUAUGAAAUCGAAAAAGCGGUCAUUUAUUCUGGACCACCAGUUGUUCCAAAUAAUUCCCAUGAAUUUUAAGUUACUUGUAUCUCUGUGACUAUAAGAGAUAGAAAGCUGAAAUUCUACCGUAGAGUAUAUCUAGCUGUCUUGUAUAUAUGCGGUGAAUAUUAGCCUAUUCUAGCGAAAAAAUAUAUAACUAAGGAUUAUCGCUUGAAGAGAAUCAAAACUUAUGACACACCCUUUAUGUUUGCCGGUAAUGCAGUUUCACCACGUAACAUGUCAUCGCCUCUUGCCGUUCGUUAUCGAGAUUUUCAUGCUAAUAGGAAUAUUCUCAGUUCGAAGUAAAGUUUUCUAAAGAUUUAGGUGAGAUAAUUUGAAAACGAAUUACAAUGAUCUGAAAUUUUGUUUUUUUUCUAGCUUCGAUGACGUUGUUCAAUGUAACUCUUGAUUUGUGGAUGUGUGUGGGCAUGACUGUUAGUGAGGCUGUAGCUUAGAUGCGGGUGUUCUUGCUGUCUGAGCCACGCCUACACCCACACUCACAGCCCAUACACAUCCAAAUCCGACCCACUUCAAAGAGUUUGGUGUUACGUCCCUAUCGUGUUAUGAUAACAUACCAACAAUAAACGAAAUGAUAAUUCCUUGACUUUCAAAAUAGAAACUCUUUAGCAGUAUGUGCUUCACACUUCUUUAAAUGUUACUGUUCAUAUAAAAUAAACUGACAGCAAGAGAGAGUAAAGGACCAAGACGAGUUGAAUUGAUAUCACAGCUGUUCGAAAGAACAAAAGACUGAAUCGGUUACAUAUGGCCAACAUAAAUACACAUUUAUCUGGGUUCAUUGUUAUUGAAUUUCAUAGUUCAAAUUUCUUUCAGAUCGACAUCGUCUAGCGGUGUCGAUUCAUUUAAAUUUCAAUCGAUUAGUUCGUAAACCGAUUGUCAAGUUUUAAUCCAUUCAGCAUCGCAUACGGAUACAUAUUUUUCAUGAAUGCCAAGGCACAACAAUCUAAGCACCUAAUGGUGCACUAUUCUUUUGCUACAGAAUCCUAUGCCUUGAGGUUUCGCUUGAUAGCUCUCAAACUUUUUCGAAGUAUGAAGCUGAACAUUGUUUUCCGACAUGUAUACUUUCAUAAUGAUCUGACGCAGUCUUGAUGUAAAUCAACGUAACUGACAGAAAUUGAGGCUUGGCUAGUCGAAGAGGAACUCGUCUUCAGUAUUCGAAAAGUAUGCACAGGAUAUUUUGCUAUAAGCCAACAGUAAAACAUCUCUUAGAUCUGCCCAUCAUAAUGACAAUGAUGUGACUACUCCAUUGAAUGUCUCUCUUAAUUUGAGUAUGAGUAGGUCUGGGUGAAGCGAAGGGACAGCGCAUCCAUCGAUCUCACAGUCACAUUCGUAUCCCUACCUCCGCCCACAUCCACGUUCAUAUACCUUAGUUAUACCGACAUCAUGAGCCCGAGCCACACAUACACUUCAUUCCACCCAAACCCACAUUCACACCCAUAACUCAAAUUGACACUAUCACCACCACCCACAGCCAACACUACAGUACAUAUUUUCUCUUAGUUCUAAAAUACUAUCUAUAUUAAUAGUUUGAAAUAUAACAGCCAAAGAAAAUUAAAACAAUAACAUUGUCGAUCUGAUUUCUGAAACUUUUCUUGGCGGUUUUGCGAUCAGACCUUACCUGUUUGUUUCAUAGUUGUAAAACGAGAUUGUUAAGAUCCUCAAAUGAAACAACAACUAACUGCAUUGCUUGGAUGAAAUUGUCGUACCCUCGAUUUUCCAGCUAACUU